AUGCUCUGCUUUGACCGGGACUGCUACUACUUCUUUGGUUCAAGCAAGUCAAAAAGACUUGUGAAAUGGUUUCAACUUGUUCGAGUGUUGGAUCUAGGGCUUCCUAGUUCCUGCGAGUCUAAGAUCCCUACCAAUUUUAACAUGUUAGUGAAUCUAAGGUACCCAAGAAUAGAUCUGCAAACAAGCUUUUAUCCAGGAUUAGUUAGAGUGAUUCCUGAAUCCAUAUGCAAUCUAUGGAAUCUAGAAACUUUGGACUUGGGACGUUCUAGACUUACAAUAUCUGUAACCUUCUCCAGUGGAAUGUGGAAGCUCAAGAGACUGAGGCAUCUUCAUACGGCUGGACCUGUGAUUUUACCUAAGUUUCAAGAUGUAGAAAGUAACAUCAUGUGGAAUCUACAAACCCUAUCUUGUGUUGCCGUAAACAAGACAUCAGCUGCUAUAUCUCUAAUAGGAAAAGGUGCAUUCCCAAAGCUUAGGAGAUUGGGUUUGUAUUUCCAUAAGGAUGACAAGCAUAAACAAGGGGUUGGACAAGUGUGGGGAAACCUUUCAAACCUUAAUCAUCUGAAUGCAUUGAAGAUUUACGGAUUUCCUGAUAUUCCAACAUCUGUCAAUGCCUUUCCUUCCAACCUUACCAAGCUAGCAAUCUCAAGCACCAACUCAAAUAAUGAUGUCAUGAGGACUUUGGGGAGUCUUACCAACCUCAGAAUUUUGAAACUGCGUUAUUGUGAGUUUGCAAAAGCCUCAAGGUCUGAGUUAGAGCCUUGUUGCAUUAAUGGGUUCCCCCAACUAGAGGUAUUUCAAAUGAACAGUUUGGAAAAUCUCUAUCGCUGGGAAUUAGGUAGAGAUGUAAUGCCAUGUCUCAGACAUUUGGUCAUUGGAUGGUGCAACAGGUUGACUGCUCUCCCUAACGUGCUAUGGUCCUUGACUUCCUUACGAGAGGUACAUGUAACAGGGCCCUCAGCGUCACUGAAGAUGCAGCUCCAAAGUCAACCCAUGAGAGAUGGGUGCAAUCUCAUUAUCUCUUAA